AGGUCCACAACAACAACAAAAGAAGGCGCAGUCGGGGGACUAAGAAGGAACCGGACUGCACGGAAGAAGAAAAAAAAACGCUAAACCUCACUGUGACUCCCGAUGGACAGUCCGUAAAAUAACGAUUUUAUAUUUUAUUUCUUCCGAGAAGAAACCGCUAGUUUUUCUAUUUUUCGAAAAGUAACAAAUUUUACCUCCGUUUUAAGGAUUUGAAUCCCGAUCUGAAGCCGUUCACAUCUCCCCCGUUCUGCCGCAGGCUUUUUUUUGUACCUUUGCACUCGUUGAACCUGACGCUGAGCGAUGUCCAGCCUGAUUUCACCGACCAUCAGAUGAUCCAUGACCACAACCUUACUGAUGCACUUUAGCACCUUUCCAGAGCCUUCUACUCACUGUUCAGCCUGCAGCUGAUGACCAAAAAGACUGCCACGCCGCCUCGUCGUUGGUUCCAGCUACGCCCCUCUCGCGGCUUCACGCCCCAGAAGGACGUUCCGGGAUGUUUCAGGUGUUCGCCAGCGCUCUGUUCAGGGACGGUGUGGAGGAACUGAGCCAAUGCAGCCGACCUGGAGACGACAAACGGGAGGAGGAGGAGGACGACGAAGACUGGAUCCUGGUUAACUAUCUGACUGACGCCUGUUCUGGUGACUGUGGUGACGGCCUAUCUAGAUCCAUGCUCAGUCCAGAAGAUGAAGACGAGGAGGAGGAUCUGGUGAUGAUCCCCUCCCCUAUAGCCAGUCCUGCCAUCCGCUACCCCUCCUGCACCUCCCUAAACUCGGUGGCUGACACAGACCCUGAUGGUGGUGUAGACGAGGACGAAUACGUGGACGAUGAGGAGGGCGGUUUCCUGCGUCUCGACGCCUGCUCCCUGGAGGAGAGCUGGUUCGUCACCCCACCGCCCUGCUUCACCGGCCGCGGCAGCCAGCCAGUACUCCUGGAGACCAGCCCUCUGGAGAACCUGCUGAUCGAGCACCCCAGCAUGUCCGUCUAUGCCCACCACAGCCCGCCCCGACUGAUGCUCAACCCGCUGCCACAGCACUCUCUUGAAGGAAAACUGGACUUUUUGUCCAGUGGUCCCUCUGACCGGAAACCAUCCAGAGGAAAGGAAAAGGUCAGAUGCUCAAUUGAAGGAUCUCGACACAGGCAGGAUGUAGCAGCUGCUCAACGCCGCCCCAACCUCCACUCUCCCUGCUACGCUGCAACGCUCUCCCCCAACGCCGGCUUCCUGCAGCAGCAGCAGCGACGACCAGGUAGCGCUGCCCAGCGCUCCCAGCCUCUCUCCCGCAAAGGCCUGCGACGCCGCAACCUCCUCCGCCCCCCAAAGACCGGCACCAUGCACCUUCAACAGCCAAUCCAGAGGCAUCUCAACUUCUGAGGCAUUCACCUUCAUCAUCGUCUGCACAGUAUGGAAAUGGAACACUAGUCACCCAACCAACUUAAUAUUUUAUGUCUUCUCAUCAAGAAACACCAGCGAACAGCUAGUUACACAAUAAUCCAACGAUGAGCCGCCUGAUUGGUUCUGAAAUCUCACUGGACAGUGUAAUAGGGAAUGGUAGGAGGCUCUGGAGAAGUCCUUCUCCUCUUUUUUUUCCCUCUUGUUCUUCACGGAGGACUACACAUGUGGAAUCAAUGCUGUAGGUCACUUUACUCAGCGGCAGGUUCCCGGCAUGGCAGUAUGGUCCAGCGGUGUCGUCUCAGCUUGAUCCGAGCAUAAAAUAUUCAGAACCGAAAUCACUUGAAUGCUUUCAGAGCAGCAGUACAAUGUUUCUAAGUAAUCAGUGCAGAAGAAAUCUAGCUUCAAGUACCGACUAGCAACAUGGACACUGGUUUAAUUCAAAUAACCCUUCAAAUAAUUAAAGGAAUCAACAAACAUAGAAAUGUUAUUCCGUAGUUUCCUAUGUUUCUUCUAUUUUUUUUUUCCAGGAGAGCUCAGUGCAUUUACUUGUCAAGGGUUUGAUUUACGCAUCAGAUGCUCUUGCUUGAAACUCCUUCGAAGUGCAAUACUUUUUAGAUUCGUUUGGUUGUCAGUCCGAAGACUCGCUCGCGCUUUGACCUCUUGUUGAACAGCAAACAGCCUUAACAAGAUGUUUACUGUAACUGGAGUUCAAACGGUAACAAAGCCGUAUUUCCAGGUUUGCCUGUUGAGCUAAGUGUAGUCGCUAAAAACUGACGUAAAAAUGGUUUCAGAAAAAUUGGCUCAAACGUUCUCUGUGUACUGUAGUUUUCAUUAUUCUUUGUUUUUACCUCCUGUAAAUUGAUAAUACUGUUAUUUAUAUAAUGUGUUUUUAGCUUCUUUUAUUUGCUAAAUCAAAAAAGCCACUGUUACAAUUCAAGCCUGAAAUUCAAAUCUCAUUUCAUUUUGUUCUCCUUUCUUUGUCCACCUACCUUUUUGUUCUUCCUGCAGCGCCACUGAACCUGCCUCUGAGUUUUUUAAUUCAGAACUUUUCACGUUUUCUUCAUUUCGAAGAGAAAAAAAAAUGACUGGGUUAAACAUCACUAAACUCGUGUUUUAAUGGUAGCUUUGAGAUGCAAGUAAGAUGUAAAAAAAAAAAAAAAAAAAAAAUCCAAAAUAUUUUUUUAAAGAGAAAAACAAAUGACAUAUCAAUAUGAAGUUAUAUACGUUAAUGGAUUCUUGCCUAGGUAUGUUUGGUUUUUUGUUAGUGUGCACUUUGUUGCAUGGUUGUAGAGUUGUUAGUUUUGUGAUGGUUGACAAAAGAAAAGCAAAAUGAAAAAGGACUAUUAUGAUGUGUUUCUUGUGUCUGUUCUGAAAUGAAUCUGCAGUCCACUUCUCAGGGUCACAACUAAUCACCUUUACACUUUAGGAAAAUGCAGAUCUACUUGACAGCUGAUGAUUUGUUAUGCGCGCUCAGACAUUUCCAGCUCUUCUCGCCGAGCGCUCCCUCCUAAAUUCGACUAGUUUGUUUUCUGAAAUGCUUCACACCGUUGAAUGUUGGGAAUCCAUCAAAGAAGCAGAGAUUCUGUCAGUCUUUUUUUUUUGUUUCCUAACAUGGUUUUUACUAAUCGUUGUUCUGUUUUCUUCGCUAAACUAGUUACACUUUGUUAAACGGAUGUUUAAACCAAAAAAAAAAGUAGAAAUGUUUUUUUUUUGUAUAACAUAUUGCCAGUGUGUUUAUAUAUUUGCUGUUUAAUUGUGUUGUUUAUAGAGCUGAUCGCGGCCUCUGUGCUCUGAAAUAGUAGAUAGUCUUAUAAAACUGUCUGCUAUGGGAAAAGUGGAGCCCGAGCCAGGUCACCACACUGCAGCAAGAGCUAAAUUCAAUCAUAAAAAAUGACUGAAUGCUACUGAGGAGCAUUAUUGCUGGGAAAGAAAACAAACAUGUAAGCAGUUAAAUAUAUAGUAAAAAUUCUAGUGUAUGAAAGAAGAUUAAUAUUUACAAAAAAAUCUGUUUUUCUUGAGAAUUUCUGUGCUUGAUUAAAAUUUGUCACAGGAAAUCUGAAAGUAUUUUACUUACAUCAACAUUUUUUUUUAAAUAUUUGCUUUCAAUAUGUGAAACAAUAUUCUUUAACAAUUUAAUCUUUUUUUUAUGUACAGUUCAAGCACAUCUUAUUUGGUAUGUUCUGGACUGGUUUUGAAGCAGUAAAAGGGCUCUAACUUUGCUGAUUCACUUGUAAAAAUAUUGAAUAUUGUUCAAAUUUAACAAGCCGGUGUGUUAGUUUAACGUUUAAGCUUAUGGAAUGUAUGUUAUGAAGUAAAAAAGUUCAAAAAUGAUUUAAUUACUUGAGGAAAAAAAACUGCAGUGUGGUUUUUCUGGUUGUGUUGAUGGGAUGAAACACCAACAUAUGUUUUUUUAGGUGUUUGCUGUACAUAAUGCGACGAUAGAAAAAGUCUUUGAAAUAUUUAUGCCUUCUUUUAGCUCUAAGAUGUUUAGCUGUAUUUGCUAUCAACUUUUGCUAUCACAAAACAGGCCAUGUUAGGUUACUGCAAUGUGUUUUUUAAUACAAAUUGAAAGAAAUUGAAGAUGUUUGAGGACUGUCAGGAGCCUUUAAUGUUUUAUUUGUGCUGUAGUUUCUUUCUCAGCUCAUCUCACUUUCACUGAACUAACAGGGAUUUCUAAUGUUUUUGUUCAUUGCCUUGAAAUAUGUGGAUCACGUGCCUUCCAGGUUGAAAUAUUGUAAUGACAAUGCAUCGAUGAAGAACUUGAACUCUUUCUUAAGCCGUCCAGAUCGGACGCAAAGGAUGAAAACACAGGCAGAUAGAUAUCAGAAACCGACUAUGCAUCACUUGGAGGAAGCUUAAAUCUCCUCGCUGCCACCACACGCCCAGCCUGAAAACAGAUUUUUAUUGACUUGGAAAAACCAGACAGAAUGAUGUAGCAAAACCUUUUUUUCUCCUAAUUUUUUUUUUAAAGAGUGAAUAAUCUAUUGUGGCAUUCUAUUAUUUUUUUUCACCAAGUAUUAGACAUGUUUGUUGUUUGUGUAGUUUACUGGAAUUAUACAGCACUUUGCCAAAAAGUAAAAAAAAAAAAAAAGUUGUAGGGAUUUAUGGGUAAACUUUAUUUAUCAAAGUAACUGUUCUCAUUUGUAUUUUGGUUGUACGAAAGAUCAAUUCACUCUGUUCUGAUGUCAUUAAAAUGCUUAUAAUAAUGGGGUCAUUUGGUUUUAAACUGUAAUAGUUAAUACAUGUGAUCUCUCAUUACUUUAAUAAAUGUUUUCAUACUCAAA